AAUAAAAUUACGGCGUUAAUUUUACCGUUUACAGUUUUCAAGUCCAUUAGUCCUUAGAGGGGUAUCAACAAUACCUCGUUCAAAUAGUCCGGUAAAAAUCCAAAGAAUCACUUUUCCAUAGACAUACAUAACCAAAUAUUGCCGUUUCUGAAAAUAAAUAAUAUUAUACAUAGAGCAAACAAAAAUAAAAUAAAUCGUAAAUAAUAAUAAAUAAUUAAACUGUCAAAACAAACAUGUUGCAGUACAGAUUUUGCCGCCCUUGUCAAUUACAUUGAACAGUGCUCUUUGACCUGUUCAAAACGGUGCAAUGUGAUUGGCACUUCCCUUUCUCCGUCGCACAAUACACAACACUCUUCGUUGCCUAGCAACGCGCGCACCAAACGACAAACAAAAAAAAACAACUUGAGAGAUACUACCUCUCCUCCUCGAUUCGUUUUUUACCGUUGCGCGCCUGAAAAUCGCGCCUUUUUAAACACUUUUUAUCGGGUCGUCGCUGCUAACAGACCUGCGCGAAGAAGUUCACGGAUUUUGCAGUGCAAAAUCUUCGAAGGCUGGAACUGCUGCUGCUCUCCGACUGCUUCUUCCUUGAGCCGCUCCUGUUGAGGAGGACUCGGGAGGACUUACUUACUGUGAGUAUGAUUCACUAAAGGGAUUCGAAGGGGUGCAAUGUACAAGUGGGUCAACAAUAGGACGUUCUCCAGGUCACGUCACGGCAGUGGGUCAACGUCCACCUGCGGUGAUGACUGCAUCCUUGCUGCGACUCCUCCUUCCUGCAGCGGACAGCGGCGUCGAGACGGCGCCUGUCCUCAAAACGACCAACAAACCUGGCCUGGUUCACCACGCGUCGACGGGGUCUGGCGUGGGGCGAUAAUGCUGUACCAGACAGCACGGCAUCUGGCACUGCAGCUGACGUCAUCAACUGCUGAUGUGGCGGCGUCCAGCCGCCCUGCCUCACGACUACGCGCGAGACGGCGUCGUGGCGUUUGCGGUGCUGAUUGCGUGGGGCGAGGUCACCACUUCCCACAAGGAAGCACUCGUCUAUUCCCAUCACUGUUAGAUCCACAUUCUUCGCUAUUCUUCACAUCAUUCGAAGAAUACUAUUCAAGCAACUAUGACAGUGAUGCGAGUGAAUAGUGUUGAGACGACGUAAUUUUCUCGUAUAGGGGCUUCUCCCAAUAAAUUCUUAAAAAUCAUCGAUUUCAAAUUUUCGUGUUUUCAUUUCAUAAAAUGUCAAUACCUUGACAUCCAAAGUUUAAUAAACUAAAUGUUUCAACUAAAUCUGAUUGGAUUUGUAUGCGAAAUGAGUGCAUACUUUUCUAAUCUGCAUUCUGGGUAGAAUGCAAUCCUAAAGAUCAUUCUUUUCCCUAAAUUCAUCCCAGAAAUGGUAAAAAAAAUAGUGAAGUUUUAAAAUUUUAGUGAGUUCUUCUAUAAAUAUUAGAAAAUUUAGUGAUUUUCUAUUUUCAUCAUCAACAUAACUACGCCUAUUGGAUAACUCAGCAUCAUCAUUAAAUCAAGAACGACGGCCCGCCGAAGAAGCGGCGCGACGAGCAGAAGGGCGUCGUGUACAUCACGCACAUCCCGCACGGCUUCUACGAGGAGCAGAUGAGGGACUACUUCGGCCAGUUCGGCACGGUCACCAACGUGAAGCUGGCGCGCAGCAACAAGACCGGCAAGAGCAAGGGCUUUGCCUUCGUGGAGUUCCAGCACGCGGAGGUGGGGCAGGUGGUGGCAGAGACCAUGAACAACUACAUCAUGUGCAACCGGCUCCUGAAAGCGGAGUUCAUCCCCCAGGACAGGAUCCGGAAGAGGAAGUUCUGGCGGAGCAACGCCACGGCGCGCAACUACCUGAGGCUGAGGAACCGCAGGAAGGACUCGGCGGCCAAGAACGCGGAGAAGUCUCAGGAGAAGGUGGGGAAGCUGCUGAGGAAGAGGCGUCGCCACGCCGAGGCCGUGCUGGAGAAGCUGAGCGCGCACGGCAUCUCCUACAAGCUGAGGGACUUUGAUGAUCCAGUAACAACACCACUCCCACAACCACCUCAGCCACCUACACCGGUCUUGGAGAUAGACGAGAGCGAUGACGAAAUAGAAUUCAAAAUACGCCCAGAUUUCUCCCUGAAGAGAAUUAUGAAGAAGUCCAAGAAGACUUCCAGGAAACAGAAGGUUCGUUCCAGCGGGAAUGAAGCCGCCGAUGAAGAGAACUGCAAGAGCCCAGAGCCGAAGUUGCACUUGAUGGAUGUGAAGAAAAAUCUGUUUGGCAACUCUGAGGUGUUGAGUUUGAGAAAAGGCAGGAGAUCACUAGAAGCUGAAGAUGUGAACGCAGCAUCAUCGCCGGUCAGCGCCGGUGACGGAACGACGGUGCAUCGAGGAAAGUCGGCGACGAAAGUGGCCGAUGACGGUAAACGGAGGAGAUUGUCAUCAGGAAUGCCAACUCCGCCCAGUUCGGCCCGUCUUCGCGAGGAGAGCGCUGUCACGCCGAAGAGCAAGAACAAGUCAGAGAAGUUAGCUUCUCGUCUGCAGAAGAAGUUGAAGAGAAGCCGAGGCUCGCAGCCAAAAGGCGUCAGCCCCAGCGAUUCUGCCGGCGACAAGUCGUCGAAGAAGACAGAGCGUGGCAGGAAGAGCACGCUCACCAAAGUGGCCAAGGAUGGAAGUCCCAAGAAAUUUGCCUCAAAAAAGUUGAGCCUGAAGGGCAAGCUGAAAGGUUUUGCUGAGCUGGGAGUGUAACAGUUGCCUUUGACGAGUCUCACGCAGCUUUGUACAUAGACUGUUAGCUUUGUUUGAUGUCCAGCAGUUACGUUAUGAAGUGGAGCAUAGUUCCCUGUUGUAGUUGGUAGUGCAGUCGCUACUGCGUUUGGAAGCGAGGUUGGUGGGUAGUUGAUCUGUGAUUCCCACAGUAGUGCAUGAUGGGAUUAUGUUAUUAUGUUCCUUAAACACAGGCUCAAUUCCCACACAUUUAUGAGAUUUUCAAAAGAAAACUUUAAAUAGAAUUUAUUGGUUGACUGUGGCAUACAUUUAUUAAACUAUAUGACAAGUCACUGUACAAAAAUAUUUAUUUGGAAAAACAGGCAUUAAUUGUUUUCAAACCUGUUUGGCUAUGUUAGCGAAAUCUUGGCAAUGCUGCAACCAUCAUCUGUAACCAACUUCAUUUGAAACAGGGUACAAACUUGACAAAGUAGAGGCCUGUCUCCUUGACAACACUGUUGCUAAAAUAUAAUUUUAGUAUAACAUGGUAUCAGAACAAGGCAUAGCAAGCAAGAUAUGUACUGGAAUGUUUGUAGUGGUUGAGUGUGUUAAGGCUGGUUAUGGUAGUUGGGUGCCGUCUAUGUUAUUACUUUCUUGCUUUAACAAAAAUAACUGUUUGCAUUAUAUGUGGUGGAGAAUAGCUAGUGGCUUUCAACUGAGCUCAACACAUGCACUUACAAAUUCCAAGAAGCAAAAAUUGUUAAUUUGUUAUUGUUUAUUUUCUGAUUCCUGAAGUGAUUGACGCAACAUGCUCACCCUCCCUGUACUAGUUGAGUGUUCAGAAGCUGUGUGUUUGUAGCUGCCCCAGCUAUGCUCGGCAGGCAUCCGCUUGGUUAGCUCGGAACAGAGCUGACGGCCGAGUUGACUAACUUGUAUUUGCAUUCGAGAUUGGAAUAAAAAGGACUGAAAUUUUUCAA